AUGACUUGUAGCAAGUGGUGUCCACCGGCAUCAACCGUGUUCGUCGGGUUUGUUAAUUUUUGCAGAAAAUGUAUGAAAGGCUGGUUGAUUAUUUUGUUAAUGGUCGUGAAAAUGUAUUGUUCGGAUAGUUCCAAAUUGUUAUUAAAAUAUAGCGGAGAGUAUUUUCCAGAAAAAUAUUUAAAAACAGACAUUUCUCUGCCUAGUCGUACAGAUUUGCAACUAUUUCUUACAACAUUGAAGAAGACUAUUGCAAUUCUGACUAAAAAUCCUAACAAUACCGAUUGCAAUGUUGUAGUUGGAACUUAUGUAAUGACGUGUGUACUUCGAAGAACCUUAUUAGACAGUGGUAGUAAAAUGGAUAAAUUUGAAUCUAGUAAAGUUAAGGAUAUAAUAAGAAAAGGGGACUAUUACGUAUCACACUAUGUCUAUAGCAAUAGACUGUAUGGCUAUUCGGAUUUGGAAUACAGAGUCUCUCUGCUGUACAAAGAUGCAAAUAUAUUCACCAACUCCAUUUAUCACUUUAACGAAAACCGUUUAUCCAAGUGGAUACUUGGAGAUUUUGAAAUGCAUCCAUUUGUCAAAAGUAUCGACAACGCAACUCUAGGGAAGGACAAGUACAUACAUAUAAUUGAAUCAAUGCAUAAAUACUACGUCAAUAUUACUGAAUCAGAUAUUUGUUUAUCACGUAUAAUGGAAACACCUGAGCCACUACACAUGAACCAGCUUCAACCGUGUCGACCGGAUGAUUACUGUAAAACUUGCCUUUUAUCAAAACCCUCAAUUGGGUAUUCCCUCAGUCAUAGAUUACUAAAUAUGGUAUUUCGAAGAUUCGUACGUCGUUGUUACUUGCAAUCAGAUAAUGAAGAUAAUGAUACAAUUGAUAUUCUAUGUGCCUUUAUGUAUCGGGAAACAGUUUAUUUGGCUCGACGCGGAUAUUUUGCCAGAGACAUGUUUUUAGAACAUGUUGCUCUGUGUGCAUUAUUGGGGUAUAAAGAAUUCCAUCGUCUUCACUGGUUUAAAAAAGCUGCAAGUUGGGUAGAUGAGAAAGGCUGUAUGCAAGAGAAUCGCAACUUUGAUAUAAAUCGCACAGAAAUUUAUAAAACAGCUACGAAUUGUUCCAGAACAAAGAAAAAAUAUAGCAAAUAUUUAAAAGGAUUAUUUUUAAGAGAUUGCCAUACUCAUCCAAUGACUUUAUUAACUGUAGUACUUGCUCAUGCGAUUCGGUAUGUUGCGCAUUUCAUUUAA